CCCAGAAUUUUGGAUUGUUCUUGAGUUGUAUGCUACUUUUUUUUUUAGCCCCAGAUUGUUAAAUCUAUCGGUGUUUGUUGUUCUUGCCUCUUUUCUGCUUUCCCAUUUUAAUUGGCAGCUAGCCUUUUCAUAUAUUUUUUUCUUUCUGUUUUUUGUCAAUUGGAAAAAAAUGGUAAAUUUUGUGAAAGAUGAGACUUUUAUGUGAGUAUUGAGGACCUGAAACAGAGAGGAUUGGAUAUAGAAGAUUGAAAUAACCGACUCUAAGAAAUUUGGUAUUGAGGUGCAGUUAAUUGAUGGAUGAAAGUUUCAUUCUUUGGAAGCUAUUUUAGAGAAGACAUUUUACAUGAUCCAUUUUGAAACCCAGAGCACAAGUAUAAACUGGUUUUGGAACUUUGAAUUUAUUUAGGGGAUUAUGCUUUUGGUUGCCAUGGAGACACGUUUUGAUUUUGUGCAAUGGCUGGACACUGACGUGUCUCUGGACAUUAUGAUGCGUUUGAAUGAUCCAGCUGAUGUGGUCCGUGCUGCCUCUGUUUCACGCCUUUGGCGCCAAUUUGUGGUUACCAAUGGACUCUCUGAACAGCUCUGUGUGGGAAAGUUUCAGCAGCUUUCUAGGAUUGCCCGGAUAACAGAACUAGAUUUGAGUGCAGCAGAAACAAAAGACAUUGGGUCUAGCAAUUCCAACUGGGAGACUCUAAAAAGAGACCAUGAAGUUUAUUCUUCUCUACUUCAAGCUAUUGAAUCAUCAAAGUCAUGUCGAAACGAUUGCAUAGGCUAUGCAGUCAGUGCUUCAAGCACGGACAAUUAUCCAGAUGAAAGUAUUGUCAAUACCUUAAUCCCAAUGGACAAAUAUCUAAAUAGACCUUCCUACUGGUCAAGUAAAGGACACAGUGAUCCGAAUGCCCCUGAAACACUAAUUUACAAAUUGAAAUCUGAUCUAUGCGUGAUCACUGAAGUUUUUAUGCAACCUUUCGAAGCUUAUUUCCAGCCUGGCAAGCCCAUAUAUUCUGCAAAAUCUGUUCGAUUUCGAUUAGGGCACCCCAAAUCAUCGAGAGAUGAGAGUGAUCUCCUGAAAAUGCCCCAGCAACAGCCUGCUGAUGACAAGUUUAUAUGGUCAUAUACUUCUGAAGAAUUCCCUAUGACACAGGAAAAAUGCUAUCAGCGGUUCAACCUGCCAGAAACUGUGCUUUGCGUUGGUGGAUAUCUGCAGAUUGAACUUUUGGGCAGAGUUCAGAGACAAGAAAUGGACGACUUGUUUUACAUAUGUGUUAGUCAUGUGAGAGUUGUAGGGCGACCUCUCGGCCCUGCAUUUGACAUAGAGGUCCUAGAGCCAUCUCAAGAAUUUGUGUUGAAGUACAAUCGAGAUGUUGUUGGAUGCAUGUUGCAAAGCUUUUCUAAUGGAGAUCAUCAAGACUCAAAUAUUCCUGGAACACUAUCAGAUGAACUUGUGGCUGAUGAACUUGUGGAGUUUUUUUUACAGAACCACCAUCCAGGUUUCGAACUCAUGGGAUGGGGGGACGACGAUGACGAUGAUGAAGAAAUGGAUGAAUUGGGAUUUUUGUAAUUUAACAUGGCGAUUGAUGCAUGUUGGCUCGUCUUUGAUGGUCCUUUAUUAAGUAGUUUUUCAGCAGUUCUGUGUACUUCCAAGUUUUAGAGCUGCAUAAAUCCUUAUGGAUGAAACUGUAUUUUUUUUGUAUGAUUUGUUGAGAUCCUUCUACUUUGCUUUUGCACAUUUUUCAACAACAAA